AUGACGGAUGAAACCAAGACUGAUACCAAAGCCGCUGAAGCCCCGUGUGUGGUAUGUAAAGUCACUGUACGCACUCCGCCGUUUUGGCCAGAGGAACCCGCAUUAUGGUUCUCGCAAAUGGAAGCCCAGUUCGCCAUCGCCGGCAUAUCGAGUGACACAACCAAAUUUAACCACGUCAUUGGCCAGUUGGAGCAUAAGUACGCCGUAGAGGUAAAGGAUAUUAUUAGCAACCCACCAGCUGACAAUAAAUAUGAAAAGAUAAAAUCGCAGCUCAUAUCGAGGAUCUCCGUGUCUAAAGAACAAAAGUUUCUACAGUUGAUGAAACACGAAGAGCUAGGUGACAGAAAGCCGUCACGAUUCCUACGACACUUACGCGCGUUGGCAGGUGAGGGCAUUCCGGAAGAUUUCCUGAAAACCGUAUGGAUAAGCCGUUUACCCGGCAACCUGCAGGCGCUUAUUACGUCCCAAGCCAAAGCUACGUUAGAAGAGUUAGCUGAAUCCGCGGACAAGGUACACGACGUCGCCCUUCAGACUAUGCAGGUCCAUGCAUUAGGCACUACCUCUCAUGGCACGGAGAUGUCCGAAAUUGCAAGACAAAUGUCUGAACUCACAAGAGAAGUUGCUGCUUUAAAGGCUGGAUAUUCACCACACACAUCAAGAUCCGGUUUCCGUGGCAGUCGAGCGCCGUUUAGGUCUAGCCGCCGUCAGGAUCGUUCCGCAUCGAGACCCAGAGAUCAAUCCAUAUGCUUUUACCAUAACCGAUUCGGUGAUAGAGCUACCCGCUGUACUAGGCCUUGCAGUUACCCAGGAGCGGAAAACUUCAGCGGCAGCCGAAUUUAG